CAAGCGAAAUCAGUGCAGCUGCGACAUCGGGCGCGUAUCGGUGACUUUAUUGUUUUCGAGCUCAAUCCGAACGCUAGACGCUUGGAGACGGAUAUCUAAUAAAUAUUGAAGUGGAUUAUCGUUCGCUCGCGCGCGUGUUUGUGUGAGUGUGUGGGAGUAUUUGUAUGCUGACGCGGGGGUGUCAGCGGAUAUUGUUAUUUUGUUCUUGUUGCUGGGUUUUGUAUAUACCGACGAGUUUAGUGUCGUUGAAGAUUGUGCGCGCGUGGGGGUUUGAUGUUGGGAGAAGAAAUAACACUAAAUUCCUUCGCUUUUUGGACGACUAGAAUCUGCACUUCAAGUGUGCAUCGGAUCUGGCUGGUGUCUCGUGGCGUGGGUAGUGCAGUGAGUGUCGAAAGUUUUACUUGAAUCAAAGAAGGUGUAGCGAAACGUAAAACGUGUAAAGUUAGAAAACUGCGUGCCUGUGCGAAGUACCAUUGCCACCACCACCAGACGACGACCCGACGGCGGAACGUCGUCGGAUGGAGAAAAUCGUGAAUAUUGUCGCGUUUCGAGUGUUGCGCUUUUUGAAUAAUAAAUGAGCGGUACCCUGACUCGCCGAUCGGCCCCGACUACGGUGCUGCGCACAUCACAGACUAGCGCAAUUUCCUGUUUCCAACAAAACUCUCGUAGCGCGCAACUUUCUAUCCAGCCUGUGGAAGGGGGAGAACCGCGGGGUUAUUACUCGUACUUUUGGAGAGCCGCCAGUUCUAAAUAUACCAGCGACCAGCGCACACGGAGUCCCGCAAAGUUGGAUGUACAACAUCGGUUUGAAGUAGCGACUCACGUCACGCCUCGUUCACGUACGUGCGUGCUUGCGUCCAUUCGACGUCGUCCAUCGGCAUUGGAAUAGCAGUGUGUGCGCGUGUGUGUACGUGUGCAUUAAUUAAACGUUACCCGUGACGUCCCUGGGCAGCGAUUCUAUCCAUGGGUAUGAGUACCGUGAAUUUUAUGCUCCAUAACAAAGCCCCCCUGAGUCAGUCAGCGUAGUGGUGGUGUUGGAGGUCGCUCCUAUAGCUAUUAUUAACAAACAUUGGAGAUCGUCGCCGUCGUCGUCGAAGAUCAGUGUGGAGAUAAAUCUUGGAUCUGUGUGGCGACGUUCGCGCUCUUAGUGAACGAGGGGUGGGUUAUACAAGCGACGUUGAUCGCGGAUUGCUGAGAGGAAAAUCAAGUGUGCCGCGAGAGUGAGUGGGAGCGAAGCCAAGGGCCACCGUAGAUCUCGUGUGUAGUCCGCGAAUCGCGGAGCUUAGUUGCGAGAGUGUGAUCUUACUAGCUAGACGUGUUGGCGGGCGUUGAAUCGCUAUCCGCGCGGUGCUUCCUUGCGGGUGUUUCGAGAAUCAGUGAAUUUUUGCAUUGAGGAAGCACAAAAGCCAAUUAUUUAGCCAUCAAGUAGUGAACCGCGUGUGUAAUUUCCGGCAGUCAAAAGUGCUAAUGGGAAGGAAUAUUUUCCGCGACGAAGAAAAAAUUCCCAUUCAGAUGGCGAGUGAUUUUCCCUGCACCGAGUCAGAGCAGAAGAAAAGUGCGGUUCUAUAAAUAAAAAUCUCGAGAAAGUGGCGGUGCCUUGUGUGAACAUGCUGCAGCUCUGACUGGUAACGAUUCGGAACAUACACACACGGCGGGCUGUGCCGCAGAAUAAGAAGACCACCCGGGGAGGAGCAGAAAGAAGAUGAAAUGAAAAGUGAAAAAUAAAUCCUGCUCUGAGUGCAGUUCGCAAUAAGAAGGAAAAUUGCGCGUGAUUUGUUUUUUUUCUCGGAGUAGACCAGUGAGGAAAACCGAACGCAUCCUAGAUGAAUGAAGCUUUCAAUUUCUAUUAUCAGAACUUGUUCUCGAUAAGUGAGUUCGAAUCACCCCUAGUCGCUUUCAAACACUACACUGUGAUGUGUUAGAUCCCCUUCACCAACCAGAAUAAAACAAAAAAAAAUUGCCGGUAAAGCCAACUAGGAUCCAAAAGUGACCCCGACCAAAAAAACACCAACUGAAAUAUAACAAUUCCAAAUAAAUGUUAUAAAUAAAUUUUAAAAAACCAUUCCCCGAAGAUAAUCGCUACUAAUGUGAAUUGAGUUCGAUUGAAAGCAAACCAAAAAGGUUGAAAUUUUGCCGAAAAUGAGUUAAUUAAAAUAACAAAAUAAGAAGGUGCGAAACAAAAAGAGAAGAAAACGAGAGUACUUACUCGCCAUUCAUAUGUGUGUGUUCGUGUGCUCGAUGCUACCGGCGUGGCGCCAAAGGCGCACCAACGGCUGUUGUGAUAGUUCGCAACAAUCCUGUUUACCUGUUUACUAGAAAAGUCAGAAUAUCAGAAUACACAUACAAACAUCUGUCCGCCAACAACGGUGCCCCCGUGCGUUCUACGGUCCGUGGAUGUGGAUAAUGAUGUCGAAGCAGUCCUCCGCUUCGUCGCCUUCGUCGAAUGUGCGCAGUUUCGUCGUCGAAGGCCAGCAGAACCACCAUCACCAUCACCACCAGCAGCAGCAUCAGCAGCAGCACCAGCAACAGCAGCAGGAGGACCUCGACGCGAUCGCAAAACAAAUUUCCGAUCACGCCGAAGCAAUCUACCAGACAUGGAAAGCCCGUGGCCUAGCGCCAACUGAGAUCCUCAACUGCCAACUACCGACGGCGGACGGUGAGAAUGCUUUUAGCAAAGCCUUGAGUCCGACCGGUACUACCUCUUCCGUAUCGCCGACGUCGUCGUCGCUAUCGCCAUCGCUCGCUUCCGGUGCGGCGUCAACGAACCAAAGCGCAUCCGCGUCCGGGGUAGCCGAACUGUUAGCGCAAGCACCCGAGCUUUCCAACAAUAGCCUCGAACAGCUGGUCAGCUCGUUUGUGAACGAAGACAAGGCCCGAAUCGCAGCGCAGAAGCAGCGAGCUUCCGGGCGAACUCCUACCGCUGGGUCGGCCAUCAAGAGUGUGCUGCAAAAGUUUGAACAGAACGGUGCUCAAAAUCUGAACACUUCGCCGGUCAGUAAACCCAACUACAUCCGACCCGGGGGUAGUCCGAACAAGGUGAACAAUAAUAAUAACAAUAACAACAGCAUCAACAAUAAUAAUAACCAUAGUACGUUAAACAAGAACAACGUGCCCGAUGUGCUAAAAGAUACGAUCGUUGAGAAACCUCGCGAGAAACCUCAAACUCCGGUCAAACCGGAACACUUGUUGAACCAUGUUCCUAGCUGGCCGCUGAAGAACCGUUUAGUGAAGGGCGCAGCAGGUCAGCAAACCAAUUCCGAUACAGCCAACCAUCAUCACAAUUCUUCGAGUCCCAGUAGUGGUUCCAGCGGCAACAACUGUAGUAGUAGUAGUAGUAACGUUAGUAACACCAAUAGCAACAGUGGCCUUAGUAGCAGCACUGGUAUAAUCGGUUUCCGUGGCAAGAACACAUCCAACCUGCUGGAGGAGGUAAUUCGCGAAGAGGAACGCUUGAUAAACGCGCUCAAAACGGGAACCGUACUGAACAGUAGCGAUAGUCUGCUUCCGGAAGUGAUCACUUCCACCCUCGGGGAUCGCGACGUUCCCGACUACGGCUACAGUAAUCCUGCGUCGGACAUGGUGACCACCACGACGCUGAUUGCCAGUACCAACGGUACCAGUAGUACCAAUGGUACCAACGGCGCCGGUGCCGAUGGCCAAAACAACGCGGGUGCUGCCGGUGUCAAGCACUGGAACGGUGUUCCGAUGAAACCGAACCACAUACCGAUUCUGAGCCUUCACCAAAUCCACGAACAGCAGAAACUGUCGACGAACUUUACACGCAAUGUUGCCACCACCAGACUGCCGAAAGACUUUGGCCGAUCGUUGGGCGAAGAGAAGAAGGACUUCCAGGCGAAGACCAUUCCCAGCCCGAUCCGGCCGUUCCUGUCGCGCGGCUCGGUAGCCGAGCGGGUGCUGAUCUUCGAGAAGUGCCCGGAGAAGGCGCCACCCCGGGAGCGACCGAAGGAACCGACGAAGGUGCAGUCGAAACCUGUCAACAGACUAAUCCCGCCAAACAUUCAUACGACGCUGCAGCGGCACUUGAGGAACUCAACGAAAGCUCCCUACAUACCACAAUUCCACUUCCCCAAUGGCAAACCGCCGCCAUCAAUCACGACCGAGACAACAAUGCAACGGCUGGAGCAGGUCUUCGAUAGCCUUCCCAACUACGAGUGCAGUCGGGAUAAGUUCCACAUGAUUGUCACGAUGUGCCAAGUGCCACUGUAUUGGCGAGUUCCGCUCUUCAUGUGCACACCCCUGACCGACAACGGCUGCGUGAACGGCGAUAAGUUCAUCAGCUUUUGGCGACAAAUGACCUCCUUCUGCCACGAUCCAGCGUCCCGUUUCGUGUACAUCAUGUCCCGGGGGGAUCGCACCCGUCCGUACAUCCUUCCGGAGGAUUUUGCCGCGUUGAUACAGGACGUGGUGGACACCCAUCCGGGGUUGGCCUUCCUCAAGGAGGCGGCAGAAUUCCACUCGCGGUACGUGCACACCGUGAUAGCCCGAAUCUACUACAAUGUGAACCGCAGUUGGACGGGGAAAAUUUCGACGCCCGAGCUGCGAAAGUCCAAUCUGCUCGAUGUGAUACAGCUGCUGGAGGAAGAGGAGGACAUUAACCAGAUCAUGGCGUACUUUAGCUACGAGCACUUCUACGUCAUCUACUGUAAGUUCUGGGAGCUGGAUCGGGAUCACGAUCUGUUCAUCGAUCAGCAGGAUUUGGCCAGGCACAACGAUCAUGCACUCUCGUCCCGCAUGAUCGAGCGUAUCUUUUCCGGCUGUGUAACCCGCGGAGCCCGCCGAGGCAACCCCAGCCCGAUGGUGAUGGGUCCGAACGGGCCGAAGAUGUCCUACACGGACUUUGUGUGGUUCCUGCUGGCGGAGGAGGACAAGACACACCCGACGGCAAUCGAGUACUGGUUCCGCUGUAUGGACGUCGACGGGGACGGCAUGCUGUCGAUGUACGAGCUGGAAUACUUCUACGAGGAACAGCAGCACCGGAUGGAGUCGCUCGGUAUCGAGACGCUGCCGUUUGAAGACUGCUUGUGCCAGAUGCUGGAUAUGAUUAAGCCAACCACGCCCGGCUGUGUCACGCUUGCCGAUCUGAAGCGAUGCAAAAUGACGCCCAUCUUCUUCGAUACGUUCUUCAACCUGGAGAAGUAUAUGGAGCAUGAGCAGCGGGAUCCAUUUGCACAACGUGAUAAUGACGAUCUCUCCGAUUGGGAUCGCUACGCCGCCCAGGAAUAUGAACUGCUGGUGGCAGAGGAAGGAGGAGACACUCAAGGCUGCCUAGACGCAGCCGACGACGAUGAUUUCGGUGGGCCCAUUUCGUCGCGCCGACCCUUGUCCGGCCAUUCGGUAGCUGCGGCCGCCAGUGGUUAUACUAAUCGGACCAUCAGUACCGUGUCCAUUUCCUCCACCGUCAGCACACACCAGCAUUCGAGCAAGAUGGACAGCAGGUCCGUAGGUUCUGCCGCCGUUACUGCUGGGGCUGCUUCGGCUGCUGUUGUUGCUGGACCUUCUUCGGCUGCAUCCCGACAGGGCAGAAAAGCGAUCGAUAAUGACAUUACCACAUUUUUUAACGCAUUCUGUGUGUCAUAUGACGAGGAUGAUGAUUACGAGUCCAAUAUUGACAUUUUAGAGACACAGUUAGAUGAUUGUUUGCUGAACGAAUGGUGAGACGAGGGGAGCGGCGGACCACGUGGCCGCCGAAAGUCUGGCACCACUGCUACCGACACCAGCAACGGUGGCGAUCUCGUUCCUCCGGAAACGGUCACCGUGCUCCAGGAUGAGGACCUGGAGCGGAUCGAGCAGGAGAUCCUGGACGAGCUGAAUCAGUUCUAAGAAAAAAUAAAAAAAAAACAGAAAACGCGGGAGACUGAAAGAGACGGAAACAAAUAAUUAAUCUAUCAGAUAUUAAAAAAAUAAUUAACGCCUACAAAAACGCUGACAGCUACACCGAGAGACAGUUACAUGUGAAGUAGAAAAAUAAUGUUCAUGAUACUAUUUUUAGAACGGAAUUUUGGGACUGGAUGCGAUAUUGGAUCGGAUUUGUAAAAAACAAAAACCUUGUGUCAUGCAGUCUUGUGUAAUCAUCAUCGUCUUCAUGUUCUUAUAACAUAGCCAUUAGCAGCAUCAUCGUCAGCAUCAUUAACGUCAUCAUCGCUGGAGCAAAACCACACGAAACGAGUAGAUAUCACACAGAAACAAUGAACCUUUUUGCUGUGUAGAGUUGUUUACAGUCAGUGAAAUUGCAUGUGUAAUUUUAACCAGGAAUCUCGAAGUAUUUUUGAACUGUCUAACUGUAACCAACGAAGCAAACACAAAUGGAAUUUCCGCACUCAUACGUGGAUUUGAGCAUCUUUUAAAUACGACGGAUAAUGAAACUAAACAUAUUGACACACACACAAAGUAGGCGAUCGUUUUUGAUUGCUUUUUUUCUGAGAGCCAAGGUUAGGUGAGUUUCGAUGUUUUAUUUUAAUUGCAGAUAAUUUAUUAGUAGGAUACAAAACCGCUAUAGUAUAUUAAGUUUGGGCUCCUGGAGUUAUUGCAAAUUAUGAAAACAUGUAGCAACUAAACGCCAUGCAUGAUAAAGAUUUUUUUUUAAUAUAAUCAAGCGUCAGAAAAAUAACCUAGUUACCAUUGGAUAAUGUAAAGGAAAAACAGAAUAUGUAUCUCACAGCGGUGUCCACAAAUGGCCCCAAGAAAAAUAUAUGUGCUUGAGAGAAUACUAUCGUAAUUCGUCAUUAUAAUCAUUGCUAUUUCCACGUGCUGCUUGAAACUGAAACCAUGCUAUAUAUUGUACGUUUCAUUGGAAACGUAUCUUUCACAUAUUUUGAUGCAACGAUUAACACUCUUAAAUAGAUGUCUUCCGUAUAAUUGCACUGUAAUAAUAAUGAAAAGCAGUUGCAUUUCACCAUCUAAACUAGACCAACAUGUGAAAAGGGCGUAAGUACAAAUGAGAGUCUCUCUUUGUUUACUUUCUCUUUCGUCAAUUACUCGUCCGCUUUUACCUUUGCUGCUUAACUCUUAGCAUAAUACGCUAGGCGAAAUCAGAGCCUUUCGUUAUAUACUGAAAAAAUGUUGGGAAGUUUUAUAAUGAAGCCAUAAUAAUCGAAAGAGAAAGUGAACACUCUCAUAUGCACUUACGCUCUUUUCACUUGUUGGUCUAGAAAUAACAGAUACUAGUAUUUCGACUACAAUGGACCGAUGUUGAGGGCGAUUUGGUAGAUUCGUGUCUUUCUUAACGAAAGCUUUACCCUUUCCUGUGUGCCAAUUUAGAGAAGAGUGUACUAUACUUCUCACAUAAAGGGCGCAACCUCUUUUGCAGACAAACAGGUCGUUCGAGGGUCACAUUGCUUUCCAUACUAACGCUUUUGAGCAAAUUUCUCGGCUUGAAUAUACCUGCCCCCAUCGCUCACAUCCUUUCCUACAACAGUAUACAUAAUAUUGUUUAUCUGAAAGGGCUUUUGAGUCCUCUUUCACACAGAUCUCGUCGUCCAUCAAAAACCAUGCAUCCGGUCGCUGAAAACUCGUGAGUGUAGUUAUUGGACUUUUGUUGCAGUAGGUUGCUUCUGGUCUGCACUUUGAUUGGAGAUUUUCUACUUUUUAUAGGUUGUCAGGUUGUACCGUUUCUUGAAACAUUCGAUCAAUCCAACGCUCGUUCCCUCUUUUUUGGCUAAAUCACGUAUCGACAUUGAAUUAGUCUUUUUGAUUAGAGAUACCACUUUCUGGUCCAAUUUUGGAUUGAAAAAUUCCAAAUUUUCUGCCUCUUCCUGACAGUUCAUCCAAAGAAUAGUGUAUGACUUCCAAUGUGCUUUGUGAAUUUUCGUAUAGGUUCACCCUUUUCACUUGUCCAACACCUUAAUUUUUAUGCCAUUUUGAAAACGAAGAAUUUAAAAAUCGUACAAAACAGUAAACAAACGAAAGAUGACAGUCAAAUGCACAGCAUGCUCCAGCAUGUGAUAAGCACGAAUAAGUACAGUUUCGGUACAAUCAUUACAAUUUGGAGUUUUACUGUAAAAAUACGACUGUUUUGAAAACGUUGUAGCUCUCUACAAUACCCGAAUUGCGAGAUUUUUUAUAUCGAGGAAAUUUAGGACACACCUAGGGCCUAAAGUCUAAAUCUAUUUCGGAGUUUUUCGGAAUUCGCAAAAAAACUGUUUUUGUCGAAAUAUAUUUUUAUCCAGGAUCGUUUUUGUUUUGUUUGGUUUUGACAAUAGACUUUUUUCUUUCUUGGGUACAUUAACCACUGCGACCAGUGUUUUGAUCUAUUGUGGUAUAUUCCCUGUUUAAUAUAUGCUUACCAGGUCAGCUAAUUACGAUCUGUUUGAGUAGCUGCUGUUACUGGUUUUUAGCAUUUUCCUACUCAGUUAUUAUAUAUCGGAUGAAAAUAACUACUUUUUUAAGAAAAGAUUGACCAAAUUCUCGAUGGUACAAUUAGUCCCAAUCCGAAGAAUAUGUUCCCUUUUGUGAAUGGUGCAGGACAAUUGCACAAUAAAUGUUCCGAAGAUUCUCUAUCACCAUUGCGGGAACGAGAGAUGUCAUCUUGAAGUCUUCCCAAUUAUCUUCAUGUGAUUACUGUGGUAGCAAUGUAAUUAAUCCGGUAUAAGUACUGAAAUCCUUCUUAGAUAAGCUAAGAAGUUUUGAGCCACUUUAUUAUCUGGUGUCAUGAAUCGUUUGCUCUGUCCAGCUGCUGAGGUGUUUUUCCAGUUGGAUUUCACGAUAUUACUCUGCCAAUUUUUAAGCUCUUCUUUCAGAGAACAACCAGAUAUACCACAGAAUGGCUCUGGGCCAAUGAAUUGCUUCAAAGAGCCUAACCUUGCGAAUUGAUAUUGAGAUGUUUUCCCAGGGCCCGUGACUCCAGCUCCAACCCCGAGCAAAUACUCAUGGCUUCAAACACCACAUAGCCCCUUGAAAAGACCUGCCAAAAUUCACAACCAUCAAGACACCAUAAAAUGGUCUCAAUAACCCAUAAAUACACCAACAUAUGGUAUUUCAUAUGGGAUCUACCGGACCAUGGUGAUGGUGUUUUCAUGGGUUGAACCCAUUUCAAACACCCAUGUCAAACCCCAUGAGCAUGGGUGUAUUAUGGGCUUUUCGUUUGCUCGGGACUCUAUUGCCCAUUUUCGAACCAUCGGUUUAAAAAAAUAAUAGAUCCUGAAGGAACUUGAGGACCUCCAGAUUCCCAUUCAAUACGUUCUGUUUCGAAUAUAUUGAAUGGUUUUUCAAAUGUGUACUUUUUUCUCCAUCCAGUCUUCGUUAGUUAGUACAAUGGGAUUGAUUACAAAGUUUCCUAGGGCACUUAAAUGUUCUGAAAGGUUUCCUUUUAACAAAUUUUUAGUGCGGUUUAGCUUCAGUGCAGCCUUUUCGGCUUCCAAGUGCACCAUUUGAUGUAAUAGAAGUACGUUAAGCUGUGUAUCUAAGGCCUUGGUUGGAGUGCUAGUUUUCCAAGUUUGUUUUGAAAAAUGUUUUGCUUAGUCUUCGGCUACCAAACCAAAACUGCAUAAGUAACUCUGGGUUUCACGAUAGCCAUGUGGAUCAUUUUGGCCUUAGUCCCCAUUGAGUUCCAAAAAUUGGUUUAGUUAUCCACAAGGCAUUGGUCGCCUUGUUUAUUGCUUGCUGUAAAUGUGAACUGCAGCUUAGCUUUUUAUCAAGAGCAAUACCUAGAUAUUUUACUUCAGAUGAAAGUUUUAGUACAGUAUUUCCCAAUAGUAGCUCGCUUAUUGCAUAUUGUCUUUUCUUUGUGAAUGGAACGAUGGUUGUUCUGGAAGGAUUUAUGUUUAGCCCUUCUCGCGGUUAGUUGUAACAUUUUAGAAUUUGCCACGAACAAGUAUGACCACAUCAUCCGCAAAUCCAAUAAUUUUGAAGCCUUGUGCUUUCAGAUUUGUAAUAAGCUAAUCAACCACUAGAGACCACAGAAGGGGUGACAGUACUCCUCCUUGUGGGCACCCUUUUGUGGUCUUCACUGUAUGUAAUCCAGAAACUUCCAAGAUUUGCAUCGAACUAAUCCACUCGAUGAUGCAUUUAUCGAAGCUGCAUUUUAACAAAGACGUUUUCAUUGAAUCGUAUGAUGCAUUGUCAAACGCUCUUUCUAUAUUGAGGACACAGCUAGUACGAUUUCUUUUGUUUGGAUUGAUUUUUCAAUUCUAGAAACUAGAGAUUGAAGUGCUGUACUUGUUGAUUUGCCUGCUUGAUAAGCGAAUUGAAAUUUGAUUUUAUAUACUCGUCUAUCCGUUUCUCCAUUGUUUUCAGCAUUAUGGACGAAAGACUUAUAUUUAGGUGAGUUUUAGUCUCUUUAGGUGGCCUUAGGAUUAAAUACUACUUUACUCUGUCUCUAAGUAGUUGGGAUGUAUCCGAGCGUUGAGCUAGCUCUGAACAGUUUCAUAAGUGGAGCGUAAAGAAUUUCUUUACUUCUUCGAAGAAGUGUAGGAAAUAUCCCGUCUUUGCCAGGUGAUUCAUAUGGUUCAAACGAAUCAAUUGCCCAUUGCACCCUAGAAUCUUUAAAUAUCUGAUUAGCCAAAUUUCGAUUUUCACUAGUGUUGUUUGGUUUGUUAAUAAUUAUUUUGUUAGUUGCCUAACUUAAAAGAGACACGGAAUCAGGAAAAGGAACUUUCAUAUAGCGUCCAUUUUCUAUUGUCAGAGUUCCGAGUCAAUUUGUGUGGUCCUUUGAAGGAACUUUCGGUAAUCUUGCAACUUCUGGAGUAUGUUCAAUGUUUUCAUAAGCACGCCUCCAGUCUUUACGUUUAGAUCGCUUUAUCUCUAUUGUAUUCGGUGAGAGAUUCUCUAUAUUGUUCCCAUUGUGAUGUCUUCGAAUACGUUUCUUUGCUCACGUCAAAUUUGUAAAAAAAUGGAAAGGUUCCGUCGUUGGUCUGUACUUAAAAAGAUUUUAAGAUCAAAGUUUGUUUUAUUAUGAUAAGAGUUGUUGUGAAUUUCUGAAAUUUAUGAAAAUAAGUACAUGCGCGAUGAAAAACAUCAGUUUUAGUGAUAGGCAACUUGAAUUUUUCAAUCGACCUUGUUUUAUUUGUGUCGAGGAAUGUAAGAGACGAGAGUGUAAAGCAAGUAUGAUUGUCCAAAAUUUUAAAUCGAAGCAAAUGUUUUACGAUUCGUGGUGGAGAACGUCCUAUUCGUGGUCGAGAAACUCCAACGAAGUAUACGUGCUCACAUACAGUAUUUUGCUGGAGAUCAGUCUCACAUGAAACGUAACAGUGAAAAUAAGUGUGCUGUUUUCAAGAAUAAAUGCUGAUGCUGAUCAUCAAACGUAGCUGUUGGGAAUCAAAAGAGUUUUAAUGUGAUUUAAAAUCAAUUAUCUGGUGAGAUCAAUCCAAUUCAUAUUUCUUUUUCAUCUGUCAAUUAUAUAGCUCUAGCGACUAUUGUAUGUUUAUGUAAUUGUCAUAUCUUCAAAAUGAAAUUAUAUGAAACGUUUUAAAGUAAUUGUGCAAUCGAUAUUGGUUUCCGAUUGACGAGUUAGUGAUUUGUACAUGUUCUUGCCAAUGCGCCGUUGUACAGAGGAGUUCGAUUUUGGCUAUUUCGAUCCCGUCAAAUUGAAAAAAAUACAACUUCCAGUGCUAGAGAAUUCUUUCACCCACUGAUGCUUCCUUGAGUCCUAUUCCAUGCAUGCCUAUUUAACUCUUUUACAAUUUUUCAGCGAACUACCCACUUGCAUUGAGCUACUGUGGCUUUGCUCUGCCAACAGAACCCUCGACUUUGCCAUCGGCAUUCGUUCGACAAUGAACAAUUUGAUAUUAUAAUACCUGCCUUCCUAUUUGCAGAAUGAUCUUUAGCGGCCAUGACACGUUCAUUGUUUUGGUCAAUACUAGAAAGUGUAGACAAAAGUAUUGAACGCGCAAUGGAAAAAAUAGAGCGAGUGAAGGCGCCUUAACCUAGGCUUAUUAGCCAGGGCAAGGUGUAAAUACCUCUGUCCCAUCCCAACGGACCAAAGGAGUGACAUUAACCUUCUUAGCAAAGUCACUCCCAACGAUUUAUUUUAUCCCCUUUAAAUUGAAACGGUCGGUAGGGUUGUCCUCGUUUCUUCCUACUUUACGAUUCAAAAUAAUUCGUUAAUUAAAUUAUAUAUUAAAUGCAUAAUUUAAUUGCCGUUUAAUUUUGAAACAUCUUCAAACCCAACUCUGCACAGUAGGCCUGGUCGUUUUAAUAUUUGCGACAUAUGAAAAUCUGUUUCAAAUAUUAAUCUUGACAAGAAAAACAUUUCAGAAUAACUGCAGUGUUUUCCAGGAUGCUUUUCAAUACUGGCUGUGUAAGGGUUAGAAUAGAAUAGAAUAGAAUAGAAUUGUUCCCAUUGUGAUGUCUUCUUUGCCCUGUUGAACAAUUUACGAGCGCUUUUUCUAAGUUGUUCUAGUCUUUUGUUCCACCAAGAUACAUCUCUAUUUGAAGAGCGUUCCCGAGCAAAGUCCAACAUCAAAAUUACAGCAAAUAGACAACAUAUUUUGAUAUCAAGCAUCAAAUUGAAAUCUUAUUUUGAUAUCAGUUUAAACUUUUUCAGAUAUGACAUCAUAUUUUGAUCUCAUUUUGAUGUGCUUACAUUUUUAGAAAAAAAAAAAUGUUUAUUUCUAUUUGUUCGCGCACAUUCAAGCGUCUGUAAAGCUGUCGGAUAAUUAUGACGAGGGAAAUUGUUCGGUUCGCGCUGUAGUAAGAACUCGCGGUCACAUUAACUAAUUUCAGUGGGUUUAUUCCAUACUUAUCAUAAGCACAAACUGUCCAGUAUAAAACAAGAGCGUAUCCGAUAUAAUUCAACUGUAAUUUAUUGUACAGUGCAGUACUGUAAAGAGGUUUUCGUUUGAUGAUAACUGUUUAGUACUGACUGACUGUAGAUAAUUCUUGAUACUAGCUCUUAAUAUCAACUUUGAAUGAUGACUGUUUGACUGUUAAUUGUUUGAACUAUAUAUAGGUUGCUACCACUAUUAGAUGAACACAACUGUUCAUACAGGAAAUGAGAAUAUUCUAGAACCUUAUCUAUGUAUGCGUGAAACGCAACUGAUUGCUUCAAGCUGUUCCGUAACGUACAGCUACUCGAAUUUUAGGCUAGUAAUAAACUGUUUUGAACUACAGUGGGUUCAUGCUAAAAUGAUUCAACAAUGCUAAGACUGGCGUAAACACUAUUUCUUUAACAAACAUCAAAUUAAUUACACAUUUUGUUAUCAAUGAAAUAUUUCACAAUCUCAAUGAGUUUUCAAUUUGCUUUCACUGAUAGCAUGAAUAGUUUUCUGUUUGAUGUCAUAGUGCAAUUUUUCUGCUUUCGAUUUUGAUCUUUUAACCGUUAAAACGAUCAAAAUGAUAACAACCUGAGCAAUCAUUCCCUACUGCAUCACAACAUCAAGUUUAGUUCUCAAUUUAUCAGACUCUGCUCGGGCAGCUAGUUGAAUUCUUCUGAGGCUGCUUCGAGAUCCUGUUUAGUUACUGUAGUCCCUUCCAAAGUACCAAUAUCUACAUUUUAAUUAUUUUAAUGUAACUCUCAAUAUAGACAAUAGAUUUAGGGUGAUACGCCCUGUUUUCGGAUGAUUUUUUUUGUUCUAGGUGGAAUAUUGGGAACCUAACCCAGGUGAGCUAUGUACGAUUUACCAUCUAUGUUAUGCCCUCCGCACAUAUUUAGGGUUCUUUUUAUUAUAUACUAUAUAAAAGUUUACUAAAGAGAGCCCAACCAGGAUAUCAUUCUUCGAAGUAACUUUCAAGAGCUGUUUUACGACUUCUUGAUUGUCCGGGGUCCAGGAUGCAUUCCUAUUCUCCAAAGUAAAUCAAAAUGGGUAUAGUAUAAAUUAAAGAAACCUUAUUAUAGACCUAUAAAUCAAACAUCUAAAGCUCGCUCGAAUUCUAGGCUGUGUAGCAAAAGUUUAUGUAGUUUAAAGCCGUGAUUUUCAACAUGGGACCAAGAAGCCUUCACAGGGGGUUCGCGAAGAAAAAUAUAUUUUCCGUGUGCAUACACGCUCAUUCAUAACAACUCAAAUUUGAGUGGCAUGCCACUCUAUUUCAUAAAACGUGCACGUAGUCAAAAAAUGAGUUUGUCUAAUUCACUCAGUUUUGAGUUUGGGAUGCAAAUGUCAAAUUUGAGUACGUUUUACUCAAAAAGAAAAUGAGAAAAAUAAUCAUUCAGUAUUUUUAAUUUUAUUAUAAAUAAUGUCAACGGUACUUCAACUAUCAUUUACCUGUACCUCCAAGCGCUGGCGAUGUCUGGAAAUAUAAUCCGACGACGUUUUUGGACAUCUCUUUAAGGGCCAAUCGGCACUUCGUAGUAAUGGCAGAAACUAUAAAAACAAAAUAGAAAGUUAGAUUUGAAUAGAACUAAUACUCAGAGAAACCUACCUUUUAAUUUUCUGAAUGUUCCGCGUUGACUUUACAGCUAAUAGGUACGAGGCAUAAUCUUUUAUCAUGGUUUCAAUCGACGUCAAAUUCUACGCACUUUUUAUUGAGAAUAACUAUUUUUUCAAGAGAAAAAAUUUAAAAAAUUAAUGGUUACUCAUCAGUUGAGUUAAUUCUACUCAAAUUAAAACUCAUUUUUUGACAUAUUGCCUAUAUUUUUGAAAUUGAGUGUUCUGUACUCAAAUUUUGAGUAAUUUUGAAUGAGCGUGUAUUGAAUUUCACGUCCUGUUUCCUAAAAAACUGAAAAUAAUUCGAAAUUGAUAGCAUACAAAAUCCAUUUUUAUCCGUGUGGGUCCGCAGCAGCCCAGGGUAAUUUCUAAGAUGUCAGCUGCUUUCUGCCGGCGACUGUAUUUUUUAAUGUCAUGACAGGUACACCAAAGAUCCUGGCUGUCGUUUUAAUUGAGUUUCCUUUUAAAACGAACGAUAUUACUCGUUUUAGAUUUUGCGGGUUUGUUGUAGAGUUACUAUAUUAAGAGUUAGGCGGACACAAAAGCCGGAAAACUGGCAGCUAUGAUUUCAGGAAAAAAACACCGGCAUCCCAUGCAAAUGUUGAUGAUAUGGUUUCAUACCUCUUGAUUUUUUUUUGUUCUUUUCGUUUCUCUGUACUCGAUAACGCAAGGAAAGAGUGAAAUAAUUAUAAUCAUAAUCACAAUACCUUUUCCAUAUAGAACUUGUUAUGUGACGUCAUGCUCGAUUGGCUCCGCCAUUUGACAUGUUCACUUGGCUCCGUUCAGUGUCUCCGCCUAACUAUGAAUAUAGUAACUAUAGUUUGUAGUAAUACAAUUUUUUCCCGAGGCUUUGUACAUUCUUGACAUUCUGAAAAAUACAUGAUGAAUAUGACUCUGGGAUGCGAAAGUGCAUUUACUAACCUGAAUUCUAGUAGAAUAACAACAAGAUGAUUAAUUAGCAGGUAUUCAAGCAGUAAAAACAGUAAUCAAAACAACGGGGACUAAACAUGACAGAUGAACGAAAACCGCCAGUGCUGCUAGUAUAUAUUAUUCUAAUUGAUAUCUUUCAUUAGAAAAAUAAAAAAUUUCUUGGAUGAAAACCGGCAGGCAUUGUGAAAAUGUAUUUUGUAUAUCUUUAAAUAACUUGAAAGUGUCCGUUUGCAAUAAUGAUAAGGAUCAUUUGAUCCCACGGAUCAAGUGUUCUCGUUAAUAGGAUUUUAUAAAGUAUUGUAUUUAGUUAUUUUUUUUUUGAUUUACUAACUACGCUAUACUCGCCCCUAAAAAUUUAUUCAAUUCUCGACAAACAUAUGAUUACGGCUUAAAAGCCAACUGUCAAAAUUCUCUUUGAAAGGAAAUUCCGGACAAACCGUUACUGGUUAAACACAGUUCAUAGCAGUUAAUUAAAGAGAAAUUUUUUUCUCUUUUGUUUUCUACCAACAUCUGUGAUUGGCGAGUAACGGUUUGUCCAGAAUUUCCUCUCAAAGGGAAUUUUGACAGUUGGCUUUAAGGCCGUAAUCAUAUGUUUGUCGAGAAUUUGUUUUAAGUUGAAGUCCAUAAAAAUCAUCCGAUCGCUAGGGAGGCUGAAUUUUUCUAGCGCUCGCGUUUGUCAACAUGAUCAUCGGUAGCUGAUGGAUCAAAUUUAAAAGCCUUCCCUCAUUACGCUUUCAUUAUGGUAUACUGUAAGCUGGUUCCUCUCACUCAAACUCAGCUCGACUCAGCCAAGUUUCUCUUUCAUUCCGACAGUGAACUAAGAAGCAGGUUCGAAAUCUGUUGUUUCAUAAUUAAAUGUUGGCUAAUACUAUCCGAUACUUUUAGCAAUCAAUUUUUAAUUUGGAAUGCAAAUAUACAAGAUGUUGACAUUUAAAUUCCAGCGAUUCAGUAAUGAAAAAUAUUGCAAUGGUAAUAUCAAUGAUUCGUCGCUUGAACUAAGGGUGAUUGAAUAAGCCAAAUAUGACCAAAACCCGACCAGACUAUACUCGAACCCGAUUUUUUUAAAUCGGAAGAACCCGAACCUGAGAAUUUUAAAAUUGAAAAAUCCGUGCCGGAUCCGAAAACCGAGUUGUGAUUUCAGACUCCAGUACCUCUGUACUAAAUGGUUUGUAGAUUGAAAAAGGCAUCACCCCAGAAGGUGAAAGAAUAAAAAUGUUCAGGGUAGUUACGUUACGGCUGUUACGUAGCACAUACUUCAUUUGGCGAACUUGUUGCCAGUUUGUACUUAAUAUAGUCUCAGUUCUCUUGAAGGCCAGUUUAGUUCAGCUGGGUCGGUCAGCGUCUUCGCUAAACUUUUAUCUCAAAAAGUCACUACUGUAGCCUGUCGAAUGGUUCGACCCGAUGUUUUCUUUUGAGGACCAAUUGGAAAAAUUUCAAUGUAGGCAUACAAAGUAAAUUAAAAAUGUACAUGUUUAGGCACAUCCUCUCAUUACUUUACGUUUUAGGAACGUUGUAAUACAAAGUGUAAGUAGGGACUACCCACCACUUGAGAACUAAAUUUUACCUGCCCAGCAGACCCUUGGUAACAGGGCGGCCUAGAUUGUUUUUCCUAAAGCACGCAAAAAGGAUAUCAAAUAAACAUUAAAUUUCACCGUUUUAUUCUUCACUCCAAACUCCUCUCACUGCACCGUAUGCUGAUCGUCAAUUUGCUGCUGAUGUUGGGCGGAAGCCGCAGGUUACCUCAAUUAUUAGAGCCUCCCCUGCGGCGAUGGCGAAAUAACGCCGGAUUGUCUACCUAUCGUAAACGAUCCCGGAAAUCACCGCAGUGAUCUUUCAAGAGGGAACCUUUGUACGCCCUACUCCGUUAACUAUGGAGGCAAAAAAUACUACAUCUAUUUGGACUAAUAACAACGUUCAUGUAUAUCCAUUUAAACAAAAUUUAACUCCAAAACAUGAAAACUAUACUGAAAAGCGUAAAGAAAUAUUUUCUUACCCAGUACUAAAUUGUUAGAAAUAAAUACACACUAAAAAGAUUAAUAUUACAGCUGACGUAAAGAGGUUCGCGUUGUAAUUCUUUGUCUGUUCAUCGAAUUUUACAUGGUUUAACCUGUAAAAUAACGAGCCGCGACUCGGAAAGUUUGUGUAAGAUAGCUUACGUUAUGCGUUGGGGUGGUCGCAGUUAAUAGAGAGGCGUGCUCAGUGAGCAAAUGGUUACCGGUUGUCAUUUUUUUCUAGUGACGCUACGGUCAUAUAAUUUUUGAAUCGUACGUAACAUUCCGCUAUCUGUGUAGAACAUAAAAAGAGAAGGGAUUUUAAAUUCACCAGGUGAUACCGACUUUUACAGUAUCUUUAUGAGUAAAGAAAAAUCGAGUCUGGUAAAAUAGCAAUGAUUAUAAAAGACAACACAUCAUUUGAUCAGCGUAACAUCCAACAUUUUAUCUUUACAGUUUAGCUUGUGAAAAAUACGUAGGUGCCAAAGUUUAAUGUAAUACACAAGUUUAAUUUACAUGGAUUGCCAUUUCCAUUCAAUCAAAAGCUGCUUAAACAAGUCAAGAGCAAUCCGUCCUUUGAACAAGUUGUGACAAAAUACAAACGAAAAGGAAUUGCGUUACGCACUAGGAAUCAUCAUCAGCGCCAAAUCAUAGCAAACGAGUAACAAACAAAAACUCAUGAUCUAGCAACACAUUCGUUCUUCAAGCACUAACUCGGAACCAAAAUCAGCAUCGUCGUUGCGCGCUCUCUGCAUUCUAACUUUCAACAUGCCAGCGAAUAACAAUAACAACACGAAUGAAGCAAACGCAUAGUGAAAAACACACUAAUCCAUCAGACGCGCUAUACAUAUACUAUGUAGUGAAUGGCAUAUUGCAUACAUUGAUGACAAAUGAUUAAAUCUGUAUUGUAUUUCCGCCUGGCAGUGAGGGAAGCGAUAGCGAUAGCGACGGAGAAGUCCAAAGUCUUCGGAUAAGCUGGCGGGAACGGUACCUGCGGAAGCGGCGUAACAGAAAGAAGAGGAAGUAGGCACCGUUUGACAACCGCUGUACAUAUAGUAGGCAACUUUGGUUUGUCGGCAAUUGCAGAUAUUAGGUAGGUUUUGUUUUAUAUUGGCAUUAUUGUUUUAUUUUCUGUAAAUUUUUUAUUGAUUGACCUCGGUUAUAAGUAGCCUAUUUAUCUAGAGAGGCGUACUGAAUUUUGAGCAUACAAUUGAGGAAACAAAAUGGCAUAAUGACUAACUAACACAAUUAGAGUAGGCCAUGACAUUCAUUCACCAUGAUAUACCGUGAGAACUCUACCUUAGAAUAAACAAAAGUAAAACAAACUGAAUUUACCUUAAAAAUAUUACUAUAGGCAGAGAAAUCGAUUAGUUUUAUAAUCAAACCUUUUCCGAUACAUGGCAUCUGAAAAAUGAAAAUCGUUCCUAGGGUGAACGAUAUAGUGUAAACCAAACUAAGCUGAUAUUAAAUGUAUUCUACGGCAUGCAGACACAAACCAACCAACAGGAAACCAAAUAGAUCUGUUAGAUUUGAACAGAAAAAGAGAUCAAAUAGAGAUGUCUAGCCAGUAAGAACCUUUUUCUAUGAAGCAACCAUUUUUCUACAAAAAAGCAGACAAGUAACCCUCUGGAAAACAAGUAAUUCACACCAACAUAUACAAAUAGUGGAAAUAGAAUAAAAUGUGUCUAUAUGGAAAGUAUAACAUCCCGUACACGAACCGAAGCACAUUGAUGUCAAACAUAUAAAGGAAACCAGCUGUCACGUCAGGAAACAAAAUGGCGUCUUUCACUCGAUAGACUUACGGAUCUUUCAAGUUAUGAGAACAGUAAAACAAUACACCAUUUUAUCGACUUGUGUAACUUUGAACGUUGUUUAUGGAAAACACAUUUAUAUAUUUGAACAAACAACAAGCGCAUAUCUAGUUAUUUAAUUCGUAACCCUAAUCUAGUCCAAUUUGUGCUAACAACCAAUCAAGAUGGCGUCGCUCCACCUGCCAAGAAAAAAAGAGCUCAUUGAAUCGGAGGUCACUAAAAUAUGCUCUUACCAAAACUUCCCCCCUUCACCCCUAGCCACUCUAUAUAUAUGUAAACAAUCUAUCUAUCUUUUUCCUAAGCAUAUAUAUUAAAAAAAAACCCACACGUAUAUAUUUAUUUGCGGCUUCCCUCGUAAAUAUAUGUAAUCGAUUGCGAAUUCCCAAACUGAAAUGAAUGAGUGCAGCGCAGAUCAGAGCUUGUUUGUUAAGUUUUAAACUAGUUUAUGCUAAGUUUUUUCUUUAAGCAAACUGUUCAACUAAGUACAUUCAAAUUAUUUAUUACGAAAUAAAAGCGAAUCGCCAUGGUUCGGAAGAGCGCGGAAGCAAGCUACGAUACCAAGAAGAAUGGAAACGUUUUCGUAUCCAAUGAGUUUGGGCAUGGAACCCUUCCCUUAGACUAAACUAGGUGAGCCCCUAAACUGGUUUUGUUUUGUAUUUCUAUUGGACCUUUUUCCGUCGGACCUAAUCCGUGUGUGCUACAAAACGCUGUUAAAUAUAAAAUUUUCUUGCCAUCAUAAAGUUUCUAACGUCGUUGAUUCUUCACUCAUGGAAGUCACUCUCCACUGUAGUUGAAAGGCGGUAUUCAAAUAUCAAUAAGGAUAUAAUAAAUUAUUGCCUUUGUUAGGUACUCAACAAACUCCACCAUAUUCAGCUGACUGUCACUCCGAUUGGUCUAAGCUAUUACCACAGGGAUCUAUUACGCUUUGCUAAAUAGACCUUUCCGUCAAUCUAUCUCUAGCUUUUCAACUUUGAGAGGAAUCAGCCGGCCAUUCCAAGCCAGCAUCCUCUGUUGUAAAAAUCAAAACAACCCAAUGUAAAAGCAUGUGCUAGGCUCACCAUGUGUUAAAGCCUGUAGAUUAGAGUGGGACACGGUCAUAUGAAAAAAAAUAAAAUAAAAUUUCGCUCCGAGUAACCUUCUGGGUCCCACUAAGGUACCAGAUCACCUCUGCAAAUUUUAAGCUCGAUCGGUGAAACUAUAUUUUUGCGCCCACGGUUUAAAGUUUACAUAGGAUUUCGUUUGGGAAAAUCGACUUUUGCAAAAUAAUUUUUUCAAGAGUCGCCUGGCAAUGGAUAUCUGAUUUUUAUAGAAAAUUUGUCAAGGAAACAAACUCUCGAAGACCGCGAAACGAUCGGAUGCGUGUGAAAAAAGUUAUUAAGAAAAAAUCGAUUGAUGCCCUGAAGCUUAAUGAAAAUUUCAAUUGGGUCAUUAAAUGAGAAAAAAAAAAGUCGUUUUUUAUUACUUACAUCGAUAAAGCUGAUUUUCGUGAUCGCAACAAUAUUUUUUUCCAACUCAGGAAACGUGAAAAUAAUAUUAAAAUUUAAAAUAAAGAAAUAUGUUGACAGUCUGGAUUUGACACUAUAGGAAGGGUUUGACAUAUCGAAUUUCACGACAAAUGAUGCCCUGUCAGAAAAAAAUAAGGCAUGUUUUCUCGGUUUUUCCACAGGGUUAUUUUUAUUUGACAUAAACACCAUACAUUGCAUAUAGUUUUUUUUUCAUUUUGGGUGUUGUCCUGAUAGGCCAGAUGUAAACAACCGCUGUUUUCCUAUGUAUGGUUGCCAAGUUUACAUUAGAUUUAUUUUAAAAAACAAAAAAAUCGUUUUUACGUAUUACAACGAAUUUUUUUUGAAAUCAUGUUAUAUUAUGUAUAUUGGACCUAAAAUUUAUCGAAUGGAACGGAAAACUAUAUAUAGCUUAAUGACCCAAUUUUUAUAGCAUCACUGCUGCUGACGGUAGAAUUAUAUACAAAAAUUUCAACUUUUAUUAUGUACAAAAGAAGCCUCUAUUUAUCCCUCAAAACUCUUGUGAGGUGGCCAAAUAGUUCCAAAAAUUGAUUUAGGCACAUUAAGAUGAAAACAAAAUUGCAUAUAGUUAAAAACCAGCAGCAGUAGUGCUAGAAAAAAAUAAUAUUCUCUCAAUCGUCUGAGCAUCAAUCAGAUUCUGCUUAAUAACUUUUUUCCCAAGCCUCAGACCGUUUCAUGGUCUUCGAGACUUUGUUUCUUUGUUAAAUUCCCUAUAGAAGCCACACGACGAUUUAUUUUUAGGAGGCAAUGGGUGACUCCUGGAGGAAUUAUUUUCUGAAAGUUAAUUUUCCCAUGCAAAAUCCCAUGUAAACUUUAAACAGUGGGCGCAAAAAUAUAGUUUCAGGGAUCGAGCUCAAAAUUUACACAGUUGAUCUAGGAUCCAAAUUGUACCUAAAAAGUUGCUCGGAGCGGAAAUCUAAUUUUUGUCUAAUCUAAUCACCCUACUGUACAUCGCUAUAUCCUUGCUACCCCCUGUGCCUGACAUACUAAACUGGAUGAACUCCGUUUAAUAUUUGAAUACUUUACGGUGACAUCACAAAUAAACUCAAAUGUUCAUUUUCAACAGAUAGGUUUUACACCAACCGACAUAACCUCAUAAAAUGAGCCGAAUGAACUUGGUUUGACAAUUCUCGGUGGUUUGUUUACAUGGAAGUUACGUGAAGUUACGAAUGUAACAGAUGAGCACCCUUUGCACUCGCACUCACGCAACUCACAAAGUAAACAAACCACCAAGAAUUGUCAAACAUGAACUUUAUUCAUCAUGAGUUCAUUCGUGUCGUCAUCUUGUAGAAUUCAGUUGCGUGCUCGAAUGUUCAUUUUCAACAGUUCGUACUGUGGAUGUGGAAUCAAAAUUCAUCAAACAAAGUAAACAAAGUUUAUUCUGUAGUAUCAAACUGGCGCCCCGGGAUCGACAUCGUUGGGGUUCAACGGAGAGAAAAACUUCUGGUGUUAUUUUUAGUGCUGGGCUGGACCGGUGUGAUGCCACAGCGGAACAAUCAACGCCAGUCAAAGAACGCGAAGUCUACUAGACUGUAAACAGAAAUUAACUGGCAAUUGAAUACUUUACACUGACGUCACAAAUGAACUGAGUGUUCAUUUUUGACAGUUCGCUUGAAGUGUUUACAUGGACUUAGAAAAAUUCUUUACGAUUUGCUUCGAGCGAAUCUAGUCGUCCACAAAUUUUUCUAAGUCCAUGUAAACAGUACAAGUGAACUGUCAAGAAAAGUGAGGUUAACUGUGUCUGUAAAGAAACUAAUACAGUUCUGUGUUAGCUGUGCUAUUUCGCGGCUUGUUUUAAUAAACAGCCAAACAGAAGCAAGAAGAAGAACGGUGAAAUGAAGGCGUCCCUGAAAAUUAUCAUUAUCCCGAUUAUGUUUUAGAAAACUCUUUUUUUAUUAACGACUAAGAGUGAGUCAAUUUUCCUUUUUAUGUUUUUAACGACAUUCAAUUAGCAAGAGAUUGGAAAGUGAAGUGUUAAGAGCCAUAGUACUCGAGGGAGAGCAAGGAGUUGAAGGAAGAAAGUUUAGAAAAGCGUAGAAAAGGGUCAUAUGAGCAAGCUUAGAGUUUACUGGCGACUUAACCCUAUGUCUGCUACCGCAGGAGUCAGGAUCUUUUGGCAUUAGAAAUGCGAAUCACCUAAGUGUGCAUCAUGUCGGAACUGACAGUAUGAAGUAAAAAGUUACUUUACGCUUGUCCGCACAUGCCGCACAUGCCGCAGACUCACUAUAGUGUUUAAUUGGGUCAUUAAAUGAGAAAAAAAUAUUACGUACAUCAAUAAAGCUGAUUUUCGUGAUUGCAACAAUGUUUUUUUCCAACUCAGGAAACGUGAAAAUAAUAUUAAAAUAUAAGAUAAAGAAAUAUGUUGACAGUCUGGAUUUGACACUAUCAGAAGCAUUUGACAUAUCGAAUUAAAUGAUGCCCUGUCAGAAAAAUUAAUACAUGUUUUCCUGGUUUUCCCGCAGGGUUAUUUUUACUUUGGGAGGAAAUUCAAGAAAAACCAAUAAUCGCCGAUUAUAAAUCACAGCAGUAAACGAAAAAGAAAACUUUUCUCUUUCACCAAACGUUAGCAUCCAGUCUCGACGAGUUACGGUUUGUCUGGAAUUUUCUCUCAAAGUGAAUUUUGACAGUAUGCUUAUUGGCCGUUUACAAAAAACACGCGUGAUAUUUUUUUUUUCAUUUUGGGUGUUGUCUUGAUAGGCCAGAUUAGAGUCUGUGGUAUUAUAGAGUCCCGUACAGAGGAAUGCGCAACACUGCCUAAAAUGAUGUCCUCCUCAUUAUUCCUGGCACCCACAGUUUUUGCUGUAACUUUGAGUGACUUCAACCGAGUUACACAGUGGAGUGAAUUGAAAACCUGCUGUUUUGUGGUUUAUUGCACUUUAUUUAUAAUACUAUUCCAUGUAAUUUAUUUUACAUUGUUACAAAGAAGUGUAAUAAACUAAACACAGUGUCUUGUUUAGGCGAUUGAAAUAUUUCGCCAUGAUAUUAUUUUUCUCGACACUAAUACUUUUCUUGCAUGUUUUCCGAAAAAAGAAUGUUUGUUUACUUUGCACGAUAGGUAGCCAUGUGACUGUUCGAUAGGUAGAUUUGGCUUCACUCUGUGCGAACCUUUAUAACAUAAACAACGCCUUUGGGCCAGAUGUAAACAACCGCAGUUUUCCUAUGUAUGGUUGCCAAGUAUACAUAGGAUUUAUUUUAAAAAACAAAAAAAAUCGUUUUUUACGUAAUGCAACGAAUUUUUUUUUAAAUAAUGUUAUAUUAUGUAUAUUGGACCUAAAAUUUAUCGAAUGGAACGGAAAACUAUAUAUAGCUUAAUGACCCAAUUAUUGGCUCGAAUCAAAACUCGUCAAAAUGUCAAUUAACAAUAGGUUCAUCCGGAGUUUUCAUUUGUGUUUGUUUUAUUUUGAUUCUACCACCCAAUGCACUAUGGUCCCAAAGCUGUAUUUAGGAAGACAAAACUGUUUGCGCCUAAACCGUUAGUUUUAGAUAUGUAGUAUCUUCGGCGAACUUUCUUAGAACUUUCUUGCCGAUUUUUUUAUAUUAGUUGAAUUAGGGUGGUCCUUGUGGUUAGGGUGAUCAACGUAUCAACUUCUUAGAUAUAUAAAAUUCAGCUACAUAAUGUUCUACAAAGUUAUAAAUGAAUCAAAUUGAAGCAACUUUUCUGAAGAAACUAUGUGGCUAUCUCUAAUGGUUCUUGUGCUAUGAUUUUUUCAAUAUUUAAGGUAGGGUGGCUCUGUAAAAAUUGGUUUUCUAUUAAUAUCUUUUUAUGUGUUAAUUUCUCGCCAAUACUUUGUUCUAGAGGUUUUUAGAACUUUUGUAAAUACAUAUUUUUGCCGAAGCAAUGAAGUUUCUAUCUCUUUUGUUUGCAUAGUUACAGGCGAUUUUCAAAACAAAAAUGGUUUUUUUCAAAGCUAUAUAUCUUCCAACAUUGCAAAUGGAUUUUCAAUAUUUUAGUUUCAUUUGAAAGAUCGAAACUUUUCUAGUUUUUGGUAAAAAAACUGCGGGAGCGUUAUUUCUGUAAAAAAAAUUAUUAAUUUUUGAAAAUGGUGUAUUUUUCAACAAAAAUCGUUCAUAACUUUUCAAAUAGAUGAGAUAAUAACUUUGUUACUUCAGCAAAAAUAUUCGCCAUGAAAAGUUCUAAAAGUGCUGCAAACAAAGUAUUUACGAUAAAUCAAUGUCUGAAGUGACAAAUGAGAAAUAGUGAUUUUAAGGGAUCACGUUUUCAUCACUCAAUCUCUUAUGGUAAAAUCAACUGAGAAAUAGUCAUUGUGUGUAAUGCCGAAUGUCAUGGCAAUUCUAUUGGAUUUGUAAACGUUUCUGAAAGAACAGUCUACGGUACAUCUAAAUGGUACAGUGGAUUUACAGUUUACAGUAUUUACAGUGUUAUCUGCAAACUAUCGUUAAUUCUAAAUCGGCCAACAAAAAUUAUCUAUGCUCACUUAAGUAAAUCCUUUUUGGUUUGGACUAGUGCUCAAAACGAGUGCUAAAAAGAAAAUGCAUUUGUUCACGUCUUGUUAUCUUAAAACAAAAUCUUGAAACGAGUUUGUUGUUCAUAGCAGCGGAAAUUAUUGUAUGCUUUGUCAACAUUUAUGCAAUGUUUGAAACUAUAAAUUAAUUAUCGACUAUAAUAACGGCUGUGGGUAAGUUAAGGAAAGAUUAACAAUUUUUUAUUACUUCAAAAUAAAUAAGUAAGUAAGUAAGAGGUCUGAAAAUCGCUAACCGCGGUAAAAUAACUCAUAAAGCAUAAUUCCCUAGCAUCUAUAUAAUGCAUGAUGACGGUUGCUUUAUUGGCCACGUAAUAGAUUUAUUUAGAGUUUACUAUAGUACACUAUUAACACUAUUGUAAAUUCACGCUAACAUGUAGUUGUACGGUAGAAUGUUGUGUUUUCAAAAAGGGUCAUAUAUUCAAUAGAUUUUCUGUGACUUUUGGUAUUAUCACACACAAUGACUAUUUCUCAGUUGAUAUUACCAUAAGAGAUUGAGUGAUGAAAACGUGAUCCCUUAAAAUCACUAUUUCUCAUUUGUCACUUAAGACAUUGAUUUAUCGUAAAUACUUUGUUUGCAGCACUUUUAGAACUUUUUAUGGCGAAUAUUUUUGCUGAAGUAACAAAGUUAUUAUCUCAUCUAUUUGAAAAGUUAUGAACGAUUUUUGUUGAAAAAUACACCAUUUUCAAAAAUUAAUAAUUUUUUUUUACAGAAAUAACGCUCCCGCAGUUUUUUUACCAAAAACUAGAAAAGUUUCGAUCUUUCAAAUGAAAUUAAAAUAUUGAAAAUCCAUUUGCAAUGUUGGAAGAUAUAUAGCUUUGAAAAAGACCAUUUUUGUUUUGAAAAUCGCCUGUAACUAUACAAACAAAAGAGAUAGAAACUUCAUUGCUUCGGCAAAAAUGUGUAUUUACAAAAGUUCUAAAAACCUCUAAAACGAAGUAUUGGCGAGAAAUUAACACAUAAAAAGAUAUUAAUAGAAAACCAAUUUUUAAAGAGCCACCCUACCUUAAAUAUUGAAAAAAUCAUAGCACAAGAACCAUUAGAGAUAGCCACAUAGUUUCUUCAGAAAAGUUGCUUCAAUUUGGUUGAUUUAUAACUUUGUAGAACAUUAUGUAGCUGAAUUUUAUAUAUCUAAGAAGUUGAUACGUUGAACACCCUAACUACAAGGACUACCCUAAUUGAACUAAUAUAAAAAAAUCGGCAAGAAAGUUCUAAGAAAGCUUGCCGAAGAUACUACAUAUCUAAAACUAACGGUUUAGGCGCAAACAGUUUUGUCUUCCUAAAUACAGCUUUGGGACCAUAGUGCAAUGUGGCUUUGCCACAUCGAUUUGUACUCGUGCUGUCCGACUAGGGAUAUCCCCUACGCUUGAGUAGGUUUGCUUGCUUCCGAUGGCGAAUCGGCGGCUACCUCGCCCGGCGGAUCCUCAACGGUUUUGCGCAACUUUGAUUCCUAGGCCUCGGUUAUGCGGCUAAGCUGCAUCAUUCUUAUACACCUUAAACAGAGGUUCCUGAAGGGUAUCGGAUGGUUCCUAAAACAUAUUCUGGAAAAUAGAAAUUUUCUGGCAAUGCUACAGCUUCUCGUUAAACUCUAACGCUUAUGCCACCUGGGCGCCAGUUUGACGCCACAGAAUGAACUUGGUUUAUAUUCGCCGGAAGUUGAGUGGUAAGCGUGACCCGUCACUCAUCCAGCUGAGGUCGAUGAGAUUUUCCUGAGGUAAAAAAAAUCUGUGAUCACGCCUUCCUUCGGAAGGGAAGUAAGGCCAUUGAUCCCCGGUCCAUGAGUUGAUGGAUCAAUAUCUAGUCCAGAUAGGGGAGUCACCUCGGUGUUUGGUCUCGUAGCGGAAAUAGGCCAACGAAAUAUAACUAGAACACGAAUAAGAAGAAGAAAAAGACAAAGGAGAAGAAGAAGAGCCAACACCCAGCCGAAAAUUACUGAAAUGAGACUGUAAUUCUAUUUAGUUAGUAUUCCGGCUCUAGUGAAACAAUUGAUUCUAAUUAGAAUCGGCUGUGUCAGGAGCUGCAAUACUGAUUAGUUACUAGAACCAACCAGAAUUUCGGCUCAUUUUCCGUUUGAACAUUGGCCGAAAAUUGUUAAAAUUCAUGAUUUUCACUUUUUAGAGGUCUAAUAUAAUAGUUGACGGACAGUGCAUAGCUUAUGGCGAGACAAAUUAUUUGCGAUCAAAAGGCCGUUUGGUUUGUAUUUAUCAAUUCCGUCCUUGCGGAAAUGCUCCCAAAAUUGUAAAAACUUUGGCUAGAACAGUAAGGUAACGUACAGUUUAAGUUUAACGGGUAAGGUCCAAUAGCAGACAAAUUAAAGGUCCACUAAAUUGAGGAAUACCGGUUUUCUGGUUGUGGCUGGUGCUUUGAUCGAGCUUCUUAUUAUUGUGUAUUUAUAUCCCCCAAUUGUACCUUUCGCUAAGUAGACCAGCAGUUCAGUCAUUCAGUAGUUCAAUUUAACCAGUUUAUAGCUUGGAAUAAAAACUUUUCAAAACCGCUUUUUCUUCCCGAUCCUAUCUAAUCUAAAAAAACCGGAAAACUGAAACAACGUGGAUUUCACUGUCAACUUCCGACAGUCAGCGUACUUUCGAUUAUAAGUGGAUGAAGGGAAAACAAGAAAAUGCCAAGGAAUAAACUAUUUAUUUCAUGAAAACAGACAAAUGAAAUUAAAUCUCUAGUGGUUAAUGUCACUAAUUUAGUUAUUUAGUGAACGUGUACGACCAUUUUUUUUCUAGCAAUUUUAUUUAUUCAGUAACACACAAAAAAACGAGAUUCAGUAAAUACUAGUACAGCAAACACUGAUGAAAGCAAGUAAUUUGAAUAAAAUACUUAACAAUAACUAGUUAUAUCAGAAGGAAAAACAAAACCCAGAAAAUAAAAAGAUACUUGACGAAAUGAACCAAACCA